AUGGCGCCCUCCAUAGGAGCGCACGCUGUGUUUUCCAAGUCUCCAAAGCGGCGUGAGGACUACAAGGCUCUUUGCGCAGUGCUGGAUGUUCUGGCAAAGACCCUCAAGCCUUUUCUUGUCACAUGCUGGAGCAGUCGGUUCCAAUGCAUGAAGGAUCUGUUGCCACAGCUGAAGGCCUUCCUGACCUUCCUGUGGCUGGAUGCUGUCAAUGUAGCCUCUUCCUCCCCAGCUGCCAGCAAUGUGACGAGGCCAGCUGCUCCGGUCACCGGCAAAGUAACAAAGCCAGCUGCAACAGCUUACAGAUUUCCGGAUGCUGGUGAGCCUGCACUUCAUGUGCAAUUGCUAGUGCAGACCAAUGGUGUGUUUAGGCUGAUGCAAGCCCAGCAGUUUAAGUUUUCUGAGAUUGCUGGUGCUGUUGCGGUGGUGCAGUGCUCACUGCUGAAGAUGUGCAGCCAGGGUAGUACACACUUCCUGCACUGA